AUGGCGUCAUCGCAAACACCCCUUCCUCCAUCCAACCCCCUCCAGGGAGUCCCAGCUCACAUCCUCUCCCUGCUUGCACGACUGCACAAGGAAUCAAAGGCCCAAGAAGCAGCCCUGUCGAACGAGGACUUCAAGGACCGCAGCUUCGACGAUGUCAUGCGCGACAAAUUCAUCGCGCUCGAUGAGGACAAGGCGCAGUUCCUCUUCCAGCUCUGUCGCGCCAUCAAUGCGAAGACUGUCGUCGAAGCUGGCACCUCUUACGGCGUCAGCACCAUCUACCUCGCCCUCGCUGUCUCAGCCAAUGUUGCUGCUACCGGCGGCGAGGGGCGUGUCACUGCCACGGAAUACGAGCCGACGAAAGCCAGGAAGGCCCGAGAGUACUGGCAGGAGUGCGGGGAAGUGUUGGCAUUGACUGACCGCGAUGCAGUCUGGACGCCAAUGGCCCUGCCCACAUUGAAAUUGGUACAACCUCAUAUGCGAUACGGAGCCGUGGUGAUCGCAGACAACACUGUCGGCGCGGCUGAGGGGUAUAAAGACUUGUUGAAUUAUAUGCGCGACCCAGACAGUGGCUUCACCAAUCUGACUCUGCCUUACAGUCGGGGGUUAGAAAUGAGCGUGUACUUGCCAAGGCGAUAG